AAAAAAACACCUUUUCAGGUGAUGAUCAUUACACCAAAAUGUGUUCCUUAUAAGAAAAUAACAGCUAAAUAGAUUCAAAUGUCUAUAUCAAGAUUUGAGUCAGCUUUCAGAUCAUGUGGAAUCUUGAAUCCGGCCCGGUGCCACGGUUUGGCUCCGUCCGGACCUGAGCACAGUGGAAGCAAACCCUCGCUCCUUCAUUGGUCGCGCUUGUUGUCAUGUUUAUGAAGCCGCAGUGGAUUGUGGGAGCGGUGGGCCUUUCCAAUAUGGCGGCUCACUGAGAGCUGUGGGGCUUCCAUUAUUUGACCAGUCACUUCAGACAGGAGCAACUGCACUUCCAGAGCCGGGCUGCUUCACGCAUUGCGUUUCUGGGCUCUGUAUAACCUGCGUUUUCAGAUGCAAAGUAAAGGCGCUAAUCACUUUUGAAAAAUAACGAAUUUGUGCACGGAGUCACGCCCACUCUGUCAGAAAAAAAAAGGCGAGAGGCAUAGAGAGAGAGAGAGCUCAGUAACCUGCAGCGUCUAGGCUCCUGACCCGGGCGGCGUUCACUGACAUACACUGGUGAUUACCAUUUCGUUAACAGCACAAUGGCUACUGGGUAGUGCAUCGUAGUGGCCGUCGAUAUUUUUGCACGAGUCGGCUCGUUGCUGAGAACUCGUCUUUUUUAAUGUCCGACCUGUCUGGCGUUUUUGUCUGGGGAGAGAGAUGGGCGCAGCGGCCGUGGAUUCGUCCCAGUGGCUGUCAGUGAAGGAAGAGACGAUUUUCCUUCACGAUGGGCUGAUUCGGGUCACCGACCUGGCCGAGCUGCCCAGCGAGAUCGGGGUCUCGGAACCGGGGGACAGCGAGCAGGAGAUCCUGACAUUCGAGACCAAGAACCCGGUGGAGCUCGCGGAGAAGCUGCGGGCCGUGUGCGGGAACCAGAGCAACGCCUACGCGCGGCUGCUGGAGUACCGGCUGAACGCGCUGCGGGGGCUGUGGGGCGCGCAGAGGCAGCUGGCCCUGGAGGAGCAGCAGGACCGCGAGAGCGCGGGGGACGAGGAGACGCUGGCCCUGCUCAAGCGGCAGGGCCUCCUGCAGCAGCCCGAGCAGGCGCCCUUCACCUCGCGCGUGGGCCUGCUGCUGGUCUUCCCGCUGCUGCAGUCCCAGUCCCGCAGCGACCCCGCGCUCUGCAGCGUCACGGCCGAGGUGCUGCUCGCCUGCCUGCGCGACUGCCAGCCACUCAGCCUCACCAAGGAGCCCGCCGACUGCCUGAACGGCCUGGAGAGCCUGCUGUGCUCCUGGCUGGAGGAGCAGCCCAGCUCCCGGCAGCACGUCCCCCAGCGGCAGAAGGAGAACGCGGCUGCAGCGCUGGUCGCCCUGGCCUGCGCGAGGGGGUCUUUGAAAACCUUAAUUCACACUGUACACCUACUUCAGAAGCAGACCGAUUUGGGACGCUUGCCAGUAGCUGAUGUCCUUUAUAGGUUACUGUUACUGGAGGGGGGACCUGGGUCCCCAUCGUGUCUGCUAGGUGGCAAACACAUCGUCUCCUGGGGCUUUGAGGACAUGCUGCCCGCGCCCGACAGCAGCGCUGCAGGGAAUGACAGUAAAGAUGCAGAUUUGGGGCGGUGUCUUGCCACCGAUGGGCUGUAUCUUUAUACGACAAACUCAUUUGGAAAGGGAAUCAGCAAGCUUGGCUCAGGGCUUCAUGGGACUCUAAGGGGUUUCGUGUACUGUCGGAAUGAGGAGCUGGAACCCGGCUGGAUAGCGUUCGGCAGCGGCAGACUCCUGCACCGGCCCGCCUCCUUCGAUAGCAAACCUCAUUACCUCUUCCAGGUCAUUGACCCCUUCAGCCUUCAGGUGUGCCAGAUUGUCCCAAUGCCCGCAAAUCACUUCCCUGUUGGCAGCAGCAUGACCACGGUGCACCUCUGCUCUGAUGGCACCUAUGUGUACUGGAUCUGGUCCCCAGCAAGCCUCAAUGAGAAGACACACAAAGGACACUCGGUGUUCAUGGACGUGUUUGAGCUAGCGACGCAGAAUGGCACAUGUUCUGCCGGGGUCCUGCAAGAGAGGACCAUCCUGAUGAGGAAGGAGGGGGAGUCUUCCAAGUGCCUGAACGAGCUGCUGCUGAGCCGCAUGUCUCGCUUCAGGGCGUCCCACUCGGCGACGCUGGCCGCGCUCACCGGCUCCACCAUCACCAACACGCUCAAGGAGGAGCAGUCCGCUGUGAACACCAGCUGUGGGCUUCCGCUGAAGACCCUGCGCAAGACCCCCAUGUACACCUGUGGCACCUACCUGGUCAUGCUGGUCUCUCCCCCAGGGGUGUCUGGGAGCUCCGCCACUCGUUCCCUGUUCGGGGGCACCAGUGGGCUGUCGUCUCUGAAGAUCCUUUCCUCUAGUCUGGUGUUCAGCAUUGCUGAUGGCCAGUUCACCAGCCGCGCUGACCUCAUCGAUGCAGCAGGAAGCUCUCUGGGUCGGGGAGCCCUGGUGCCCGGACUGGGUGCCUGCUAUGAUGCGCUGAACAACCUGAUCUGGACUUGCUCCAGCGAUUACAUGGACCAGUGGUCGAAUCCAGGGAACCAGGCUUUCCAUCAUGUCUGCCAGAGGCUGGGUGUGAGCCACAUCAUCAAAGAACCCAAAGAAGAGGCAGUGCACACCAGCGAUGUGAUCAACCAGCUACUGCACCAUGUGGGUGCCAUGUGUAUCCACCAGCUGAAUGUCCUGGCUGCCAGCAGCAACAUAGCAAUCAGCACAUUCCUGGGAAAGCAGCAUCCAAUAGAAGCACAGCAUUUCAGCAGCAUCUGUGACAUCAUGGAGAAGGCCAUGGUGAAUGGAGACACCUGCAUAAUCCGCUGCAUUCUGGUCGUGUUUCAGGUGGUCUUCAGGUUCUUCAGUCCUCAGACAGAGCAGAAUCAGGAGAUGGUACGUCGUGCCGGACUGCUGCUCUGGCAGUUGCUAAUGGCCCCAAUUGAUCAGAUUGGUGCUGAAAUACAGAAGGAGGUGUGCCUUGCAAUCAGUUCUGGAUUAAACACCUUGUAUCCCGGGGAGGCAGAGCUUAAUAACCUCUUGAAGUUGGUCUUGACAGAAGGUGAGCGAAACGACGGCCUGUCACAGCUCCGAGAUGUGAUCCUCACCCACCUGGCAGACCAGCUUCAGAAGAGCAGGUUUGGGAGUGAGGAUGAUGAACAUUAUAGGCUGAAUGAUGAAUUGCUUCACUAUAUCCUGAAAACCGUGGUUCGAGAGUCCUGUAUUCUUAUCACCAAGUGCCAAACAGUCUCUAAGGAUGACUUCCAAAAGCUGCUUUCCACAGUGCCAGUAGCCUCCCCCAGCCUGUGUUACCUCAUGGCAGUUCAGAACCACCUCCUGAGCAACACGGUUCUGAUCCGGCCCGACGAGAACGAUGACAGUGACAGCUCCCUGCAGGGGGAGACAAUGAAGGAACUUCAAACCAGCAUUUUGUCUCUUGCCACCAAGAUCCUAGUAGGAUGCGAUGAAGUCCUGGAGACACUUCAGCAGGUCACUACAGCUCUGAUCAACAGUGAUAUUCAGGACAGGGAGAGCAGGCUGAAAGGUCUGGAGCAGGUGACCAAGGCCACCAUGCUUGGGCACCUGCUGCCAGUUCUGCUGACCUCCCUGAUGCAUCCCAACCUCCAGACCCUCAUCCUGGCCGACGCGCUGAUGCCACAGCUGGUCCAGCUGGUCCUCUACACCAGCCAGACGGCCCUCCUGUUGAAGACGCAGGCCCCACUGUUCUCGGACCCAUCCCCACAGCCUGGGGGAGCCACGCUGCACAGCGCCAAGCUGCCCGUUGCGGACGACAGCUUUCAUAUCCUGGAGGAACGGGAGGAGCCUGGCUUUCUCACAGGCCUUAAGAUCCCCGCCCCCUGGGCAGCGGGCAAGACCGUGGAGACCGUCCACCCCGUCAGGGACAACUACAAGUUCAAGGAGACGGUGCACAUCCCUGGGGCGCGCUGCCUCUACCUGCGCUUCGACCCCCGCUGCUCCUCGCAGUACGACUACGACAAGCUGGUGAUCUAUGCAGGCCCGAACACCAACAGCAGAAAAGUUGCGGAAUAUGGUGGAAACACUCUUGGAUAUGGAAGCCGCAGUGUCUUGGGCACAGGGUGGCCCAAAGACUUAGUCAAGGUUGAGGGAGAUACGGUCACUUUUUCAUUUGAGAUGAGAAGCGGCAGGGAGCACAACACUCCAGAUAAAGCCAUGUGGGGCUUCUCUUGUACCGUCAGAGCCCAGGAGUCCUCGGAAGACGUGUCCGGUGGCCUCCCGUUCCUGGCGGACCUGGCCCUGGGGCUGUCCGUCCUGGCCUGCUCCAUGCUGCGCAUUCUCUACAGCGGGCCGGAGAUCACCCGCGAGGAGGAGGCCUGCCAGGACCUGCUGUGCUCCAAGCUGCUGCAGAGGUCCGAGCGCCCGGCCGCAGGGCGGAGCAUUCACAACACCCGGCACCUUGGCUUUGCAGAGCUUCUCUACACUGUGAGCGAGGAGAAGUGCCUGGUGCGGAGCGGGCUCGUGCAGCUCAUGGACCGCCUCUGCAGCCUGAGCGGCCAGCGAGACUGCAGCUCCAAUGACAAGCAGACCAAGAAGCAGAAAGUCGCCACCAUGGCCUGGGCAGCCUUCCAGGUCCUGGCCAACCGCUGCAUCGAGUGGGAGAAAGUGGAAGGAGGGUCCACGGACGCAGUGCAUUCUGGGUUGGCCCGUCAAGUCUCCAGCCUGCUGACCAAUCAUUUGGCUCGGGCCACAGAAUGCUGUGGGAACCAGGCAGCUGGAAAUGACGCCCUGCAGGAUGUGCUCAGCCUUCUGAAUGACUUGUCCAGGAGUCACAUUGGGAAGGCCAUCCUGAGUCAGCCGGCCUGCGUGUCCAAGCUGCUGUCUCUGCUGCUGGACCAGCGCCCCUCCCCCAAGCUGGUCCUCAUCAUCCUGCAGCUCUGCCGGGCUGCCCUGCCCCUCAUGAGCGUGGAGGACUGUGGGAAUGUGGAGCUGCCCCCGUGGAGCUACUCCAUUCACACCCUGGACAACGAGCAGGAAGACUCCAGCGAUCCGGCCUCCAAAAUCGCGUCCCUGCUGCUGGCCAAGUUGGCGGACUACGUGGUGCCAGGCUGCCAGACGCUGCUGUCGCCCAGCUCUUCAGAGCCCGACACCAGCCUGACGCGCGCCAGCCCGAAGAGCUCCCUGAAGGUGGAGAAGGACGCGGGGGAGGAGGGCGAGGCCGUGGACGGCAAGCUGUCCAUCUUCAUCCACAAGCGGGAAGACCAGUCUUCCCAUGAGGUGCUGCAGCCGCUGCUCAGUAGCUCAGAGGGCCGGCCCUUCCGCCUGGGCACAGGGGCCAACAUGGAGAAAGUGGUGAAGAUGGACAGGGACAUGACCAAGAGUGGUCACUGUGAGGUCAUCACAGAGGAGGCAGCAGCAGCCCUGCGCAAGGCCACCAAGUGGGCACAGUCGGGGCUGAUAGUCAGCGUGGGGCCGCCCGUGGAGACCCUCAGCCAGGAGAACGCCAGCGGCCUGUCCACUGGGGACAAGAAGAAAACAGCCCAGACUGCUAUUUGCAGAGAGAGAAACACAGAACUGGCAAGGUCGGAUCCAGUCAGACCCUUCAUCAGCGGCCAUGUGGCCAACAGCAUGGCGGCGGAGGUGAUCGCCCUACUGCACGGGCUCCUCACAGCGCCAGAGUCCAACACCGCCCAGAUCUGGACAAGCACUGCUGAAAAGGUGCUCUCUCGGGCUCUGAUGUACAUCCCCCAGCUGGGAAAGUAUGCGGAGAGCAUCCUGGAGAACGGCAGCAGCAGCGGCCGGAAGCUGGCCAGGCUGCAGGCCACGGCUCGCCAGGCUGUGGCGGCUCUGUGCGCCCUGGGAGGAUUCAAGGAGACCAUCAAGAUUGGGUCGGAAGUCCAGGUGGUGGGCAAGGGCAUCCUGGGCAGCGUAGGUGUUGUAAUGUCCAUCAACGAGCAGGAAGGCAUCGCCACCGUGAAGUUCCCCUCCUCGGACUACAGGAAGGACUGCAAGGCCUCCGACGUUCUGACUGUCCCAAUAUCCCGUCUCUGCACCCCCCGAUCAGAGGCUCUGCCAUUGUACAAGCUGUCCAUCACAGAGAAGGUGGUUCAGGCGGUGCAGUCCAUGCUGCUGCCACAGGAGGGCAGCCUGUCGAUUCACACCUCCCUGCCUGCCUCGGGUGACGGCUCCAGCCCUGUCAUGGCUGCUGUUCGCCUCCUGGCGGAGAUCAGAACCAGGGCCUGUCUGGUGAUGGCGCAGCUCCUGGAGGACAGCUCCUUCUGCGAGGAGUUUAUCCAACAGUGCCCCGCUGCAGUGGAGGUGCUCAACCUCGUGGCCCAGGAGUGCAGCCCAGGAGAGAGGCUGAGUGUGGUGGAGGCUCAGUGUGAGAGAGUCCGGAUGCUGUAUCGUGACUGCGCACGCCCCCCUCCUCCUCCUCUUCAGACCGACAGGACGCAGCCCAAGGAGAUCACGUGGAGCCCAUCUCGCGUGUUCCCCCCGGUGCGCGCCUGCAUGUUCUCCUCUCGCCUGACCUCCGUCACUUUCCUGGCUGACCCCAGCGCCGGAGGGGGUCUUCCCCGCGGCACCUUCAUCUACGCCACCUCCCCCGUCCCCGUUCAGGCUCCUUCUUUCUACUGGGAGAUCGAGAUCGUUUCCUAUGGAGAUUCAGAUGACGACAGCGGACCCAUUGUGUCCUUUGGCUUUGCUACCGAAGCUGAGAAGAGAGAUGGCGCCUGGACAAAUCCCGUGGGCACCUGCCUUUUCCACAACAAUGGAAGGGCGGUGCACUACAAUGGCUCCAGCCUGCUCCAGUGGAAAAGCGUGAGGCUGGAUGUGGCUCUUGUCCCUGGUGACGUUGCAGGGAUUGGCUGGGAGCGCUCUGAAGGGACACCCCCUCCCCCGGGGCAGGCCGCCAAGGGCAGGGUCUACUUCACCUACUGCGGUCAGCGCCUGGCCCCCUUCCUGGAGGACGUGUCCGGGGGCAUGUGGCCGCUGGUACACAUUCAGAAGAAGAACACCAAAAUCCGCGCCAACUUCGGGUGCCGCCCAUUCGCGUUCGCGGAGGGCCAGGCGCAUCGGAACGCGGCGGACAUGUGCAUUGACCUGGCCGAGGAGAUCAGUGCCAACUUCGAGGCGCUGCCCUUUGCGAUGGCCUCCGACAGCGACAACGACGCCGGCGCCAGCGUGGCAUCGGACCCGGGGUCACACGGACCGCCCUGCAGGAUCGCCGCGGUCGCCACUGCCCUGCAACAGUACAACAGUGGCGACUCCUGCCACUACAAGCUGGAGCUGAGCUACGAGAACCUCAUCACCUCGGGGCCGGACCCCCACCCCCCUCCCAUCGCCGACGACGAAAGCGACGAUGACGAAGAUGACGAUAUCCCGAGGGAGGACCACUACGCCCUACUAGUCAAGGCCUGGGAGACCAAGGUCUUUCCAACCAUUCGCAGGCGAUUCCGCAACGAAGCCGAGAGGAAGUCCGGUCUGGAUCAAAUCAAAGGAGCGCUGCAGCUUGGUAUGGUGGACAUUGCUCGGCAGACCGUGGAGUUUCUCUAUGAGGAGAAUGGUGGGAUUCCAAGAGACCUGUACCUCCCCACCAUUGAAGACAUCAAAGAUGAGGCCAACAAAUUCACUAUUGAUAAAGUUCGUAAAGGGCUGACAGUGGUAAUCCGCUGUCCAGACAGCAACAACACCAAUAGCACCACUGGAGGAACAGCAUUGCCGAAAUUCGCCAUCAGAGGGAUGUUAAAGACCUUCGGGCUCCAUGGAGUGGUCCUUGAUGUUGACUCAAUGAACGAGCUGGUGCAGGUGGAGACGUACCUGCGCAGCGAAGGAGUGCUGGUGCGCUACUGGUAUCCCAUCGACAUGCUGGAGAGGCCACCGGCCGGGUCCAGGCGCACAGCAGCCAACGGGCUGGUCACUCUGGACAGCACCAACAUCCAGAUCCACAGGGAGCUGCUGCGCUGUGAGGGAGCCCUGGCCAGGCUGUACUGUCGCAUGGCUCUCCUCAACAUCUUCGCCCCCAAGUCUCCGCACACCUUCACCCGCCUCUUCCACAUCCCCGCCAUCAGGGACAUCACGCUGGAGCACCUGCAGCUCCUGUCCAAUCAGCUGCUCGCUCCCCCUCUUCCAGACGGGACGAUCAGCUCCAGCUCCAUCCUGCUGGCCCAGUCCCUGCAGCACAUCAUACAGGGUCAGAACUGCUCUCCCACUGACCUCUUCUACCAAGGCAACGCUCAGCCCAUCAGAGAGUGGCUCACCGUGGCCAUCACACGGGCCCUGCACCAAGGAGAGGAGAGCUUACUAGACCUCACCAAGCAGAUCUGCUCUUUCCUACAGAAUGCUCCAGAGCAGUUUCCUUCCGAAGAGUUUCCCGUUUCCGAGUCAAAGGUCAGCAUGGAUGUGAAUUUUCCCGGGGCGGCGUUUGUGGUGAUCUCGUGCAAGGAGAGCACUCAAGGCUUCCGCAAAGACUCUUCUCUUUACAAGGCCCCCUGGGCAAGAGUCAUGAUUUAUGGCCUGGGACACAAAGUGCGCCGCAAUGGGCAGCUCAACCUCAUGGAAGCAGUCUGCUACCCCCUGGACGCUUCCCCCUCAAACACGGGGCUCACCCCACCUCCCACCACCAACCAGUACCCCUCCGCCAUCAUCCCUACAGACAAGGUGCACAUUAAGCUAGGCGUGUCUCCCCCUCCUGGUGCUGUGCUGGUACUGCACUCGCUGCCCCUGGAGUUCCCCCUCGCCAUGGCGUUCGCAGAGCAGCUGUUGACAUGGAAGCUUGGCGAGGGCAACGGGCGAUCAGAGGAUGAGCUUGACACCAUCCCGGCCUCUGUGCUGCUGCAGGUCGUGGAGCUUCUUGGAGGUCUGCUGUGGACCACGGACCUGGCCGCCUCCGUCAAAGAGCUGAUCUUCCACUUGCUGUCUGAACUUUUUCGCAAGAUCCAUCACCUGGAGCAGCGCAAGAUGCCCACGGGGCUGUCCAGCUCCAUUGCCCUGCUGCUGAACCCCUGCCUGGCGGUGCUGAUGGCCUUGCAGACAGAGCUGCGGAAGCUCUACGACAAGGAGACCCAGGGCUGGGUGGCAGCAGGAGGAAACCCCUCUCCCGGAGGGGGGCUGGCCUUGGGGAAUGAACAGAGCCGCUUCUCCACAUACUUCCACGCCCUAAUGGAGGUGUGCCUGGCCGUGGCUGAGGUGACGCUGCCUAUUAACAUGGGGAAUAGCACUGUGGGCGCGCUGUCCUCCAGCAGUGCUCCCAACCUCAGCGACUCCUCCUCCUCCUCUUCCUCCUCUCCUGGGCAGACGCCCCAGAGCCCCAGCCUGCUCUCCAAGCGCAAGAAGGUCAAGAUGAAAAGGGAGCGCACGGCUGCCGCCGUGGCUGCCGCCUCGGGGAAGAGGGCUUCCGCCUCCGCUGGGUCUCGGCUUUCGGAAAGUGACAGUGCCCUCCUCAAUAUGGGUGGAGGAAAGCCGGAGGACAUGUUGUGGUUCCAUCGGGGCCUCACCCUGCUCAUGAUCCUCCGGCACCUGGCCAACAAGGACCCGCAGGGUCUGGGGGUCACCAGCGAUGCCGUCACUGAUGCGUGUCAGGCUCUGGUGGGGCCCACUGCCCACAGUCGUCUUCUGGUCAUAUCGGGCAUCCCUACCCACCUGGAGGAGAGCGUGGUGCGGAGUGCCAUACGCAGGGCCUGCAACGCCCACGGUGGGCUCUUCAAAGACGAGAUCUACAUUCCCCUUCAGGAGGAGGACCCCAAGAAGCCCAAGUGUGGUGCUGUUGGCACUGCUGCCCUGGAGUGCAAGAUCCCUGAGCCAGAGCGGCCCUUUCCAGUUCGCAGCAAUAGCCCUGACAGCUCCAGUAGCGUCACGCCAGCCAUGAGCGUCAGCGCCUCUGCUUCCACCAGCCAGACCUCCAUCUGCAGCUCCUCUCAAGGAGUUUCUCGCACGGCCAGCGAGCUGUCGGUGGAUCAGGAGCUGCCUCCUGCCCCUGUGGCUGUUCCGCAGCAGCAGGGAGCGCUGGACCCACACACUGUGUCCAGCCAGGAGAGCCUGGACAUCUCUCUGUGUAGCACUGGCAGCCUGGGCAGCUUGGGCAGCCUGGGGGAACCCCUGGACAGUGCGGACACUGCCUCUGUCUCCGAUGGGGGCUCUAUGUACACGGUUACCUCCCUGGACAACAAUGCCGUCAUGGCUCGGCCCAUCAAGGGGUAUGCUGUCAUUGAGGUGCGCGCCCGAGCGAAGGUGGAGAAGAUCCGUGCCAGUCUCUUUAACAGCAGCGACCUGAUUGGCCUGUCCAGCCUCGAGGGGGAGGAGGAGCUGAUGGAGAUGACUAAUGAGGAGAUCCUCACAGCCUCCAGUGUGAACCAGAGCCUGUUCGACACGCAGGGCAGCUCCGCUCUGGAAGACUUUUUCAUGGACAAGUCCAUCAAAGGAGACAAGUUGGUGCCUGGUGCUCGGGAUGUCUUGACAGACAUCUUUAAAAGCUGUGUCCACUCUGAGCAAAUGCUGAGUCUGACCCCUGCCAAGCCCAUCAAAGUGUCCGAUAUUUACCUGAGCAAGGAGCAGAUCAAUGCCCAGACCCCGGGGAACUUACUCCAUGUGUUUUUCACCAACGUGCGCCCGCCGAAGAAGGUGCUGGAAGACCAGCUCACACAGAUUCUUAGGAAGUAUGGAGUCUCCAAACCCAACAAAAGCAAGUACAGCAAAGCCAGCAAGGAGCAGCAUCAGGGCAAAGUGGUCAGCACCAAGAGACCCAUCACCAAGCCUCCUACAAAGGAGAAGUCUGUGCUGAACACAGUCAGCAGGACGGCUCUCAGUGAAAAAAAGCCGAUCGUCAAGCCUAAGUCUCCAGAGAAGUCCAGACCUGAGGAGAAGGACUCUGAGAAAUCCCCUACCAAGAAACAAGAAGUUCCAGAGGAAAAGUACUUGACGCUGGAAGGGUUCCACAGGUUUGCGGUGGACCGAGCCAAGCAGGACAUCCGCAGCGUGUGGAGAGCCAUUCUGGCCUGCGGCUAUGACCUGCACUUUGAAAGGUGCACCUGCAUCGACACGCGCCACGCCCAGAAGGCCUGCAGGAGGUGGAGUCUGGAGAUGGACGUGGCGCUGGUGCAGUACGUGAACAGGCUGUGUCGGCACCUGGCCAUCACCCCAGCCCGCCUCCACCCGCACGAGGUCUACCUGGACCCCGCCGAUACUGCCGACCCGAGAGUCUCCUGCCUGCUGAAUGUUCCCAUGGAAAGCCUGAGACUGCGCUUUGCUCUGCUGCAGUCCCUGAAUAACACACUGGAGACCUUCUUCCUUCCCCUAGUGGAGCUGCGAGCGACAGACACCUACCAGCACAGCAUUGCCUCAAUGCUCAGGGAGGCCAAGGGCUUGGUGUUUUAUGACACGAAGGUGGCUGUAAUGAACCGAGUGCUGAAUGCCACCGUGCAGAGAACAGCAGACCACGCUGCCCCCGAGAUAACACUGGACCCUCUGGAGAUUGUGGGAGGAGAGAUCCGUUCUUCUGAAAACACGUACUUCUGUCAGGCGGCACGGCAGCUGGCCUGUGUGCCGUCCUCUCAGCUGUGUGUCAAGCUGGCCAGCGGGGGCGACCCCACCUACGCCUUCAACAUCCGCUUCACCGGGGAGGAGGUUCACGGCACCAGCGGCUCCUUCAGGCACUUCCUGUGGCAGGUGUGCAAAGAGCUGCAGAGCUCCGCCCUCUCCCUGCUGCUGCCCUGCCCCAGCUCAGCAGCCAAUAGGAAUAAGGGCAAGUAUAUCCUGACGCCAAGUCCCAUCACCUAUGCAGAGGAGCAGCUCCUGCACUUCUUCGGGCAGCUCCUGGGCAUCGCCAUUCGGGCAGACGUUCCACUGCCUCUCGAUCUGCUGCCCUCCUUCUGGAAGGGCUUAGUGGGGGAGGUCCUGGACGAGGACACUGACCUGCAGGAGGCUGACCUGCUUACGUCCAACUACAUCAAGAAAUUUGAGAGCGUCAACGAUGAGGCAGAGCUGGAUGCCUUGUGUGCAGAAAUAACCUCUCAGCACCACUCCAGCGAGAGCCCCGAGUCUCCUAACAAGCCGUGCUGCAAAUUCACGUAUGUCACCAUGAUGGGGGAUGAGGUGGAGCUGUGUUCAGGGGGCAGGAACAUCACUGUCGGCUGGGAGAACAAAGACAUGUACGCAUCUGCGAUCAGGAGCCUGAGGAUGCGAGAGCUGCAGAGCUCGCAGUGCAUGACCGCGGUGCGAGCCGGACUGGACUCCAUCAUCCCACUGCAGCUCCUCACCAUGCUCACUCCCCUGGAGAUGGAGCUGAGGACCUGCGGCCUGCCCUACAUCAACCUGGAGUUCCUCAAGGCUCACACUAUGUACCAGGUGGGUCUGAUGGAGACAGACCAGCACAUUGAGUUCUUCUGGACGGCGCUGGAAAUGUUCACCCAGGAGGAGCUCUGCAAGUUCAUCAAGUUUGCCUGCAACCAAGAACGCAUUCCCUUCACCUGCCCCUGCAAGGACGGCGGUCCAGACACUGCCCACGUUCCCCCCUACCCCAUGAAGAUCGCCCCGCCUGACGGCGCUGCAGGCUCCCCUGAUUCCAGGUACAUCAGAGUGGAGACCUGCAUGUUCAUGAUCAAGCUUCCGCAGUAUUCCUCCCUGGAAGUGAUGCUGGAAAAGCUGCGCUAUGCCAUUCACUACCGAGAAGACCCCCUGAGUGGCUGAGCCCUGCCUGCCAGCCCUGGUGCCCUUCACACAGCCCCCCGACCAGCGAGAAGACCCAGGCUCUCUCGGGCUUCCUCGGGGUCAUCCAGCUGGCCUCUCCCAAGAUACUCACCUUCUUGCAGAAAGAGGAGCCCGGCUCAGAGGGCUUGUGAAAGGUUGUUCGUAAAUAGAAAUACCGGCUAAAGGACACAGUGCUUUUGUGCUCUUUUUUGUUUAGCUCCAUAAACAACAUAGAUGCUUUUGAAUUGCCUGAUUUCUUCUCCUGUUGGUUAAUUUGCUCUGAUCUUUUUGAGAUCGGAUAGUAUUAAGACAGAUUAUAUCAAUUAUACUUCACUGGCAUGUUGACAUGUUGUAUCAUUGCAUAUCGCAUCCUUUUGACAGAAGACAGUGGGACACCUAUCAGUAGAUUUAAAUUAGAAUUGAAGGGUCCUUGUUAUUCCUGUGCCUUUAAUUGGGCGAGGUGGCUUUUUUUUUGGGGGGGGGGGGCGGGGGGUUGCAGAAAAACCCCAGUCAAAGCCUUGUUCAGUUCCAUCAUAGCUCUGUGCAACGUGGCUCCCCCUCUCCCCCAAAGAGAACAAGGUGAUGAUUGUGAUGAUUGUAGACCGCAGGUGCGUUUUGUUCUAAUAGCAGUAACCAAUGCCAAACACUGACAGAUAUCAGGAACGAACAGUUGCCGACUGUGGAACAAAGAGGAAGUGAGAUGUGAGCCUUCGGUAGAGUCAACUUGCCUCCAGCACAGUUAGUCCUCAUGUCUGCUGAUCUCCAGGCGGAAUCUGAAGGCUGCCAAUAGUAGGAGAUGCUAUUCAAUUCCGAAAGCCUUCAUAUAUUGAUACCCGCCAAGAGACAGGGCCCGCUACAGGAUACUUCAUAUCGGAUGUUGCUGCUGAUCUCCAGUGCAGACGCGGCAUCUGGAUUCUGAAGGGCAGUGAAGCCGUCUCAGUUGCAGUCGCUGUAUGCUACAGAAUAAAUAGAUGCAGAAAUCGUCCAUUAAUUUAAAAAAGGUCCAGCCUAUUCAAAAGCCUUGAAAGUGCACAUAUAUUUAUUUAAAUCUAUAAAGAGGAGGGAAUAUAUCUAUUGUACAAAUAAAAGCUAUGUAAAAAUAAAUGCUCCCUUCAGAUGCAGUGUCACCGAUGGAGGUGAUAUUGUUCAGAGCUGAUGCGGCACUCGGACCCGAGCUGCAGGGGGCGAACGCUGCUGUUGCAGCACAGCAAGUCCAGGGCAACAACGGGAGGUGUGUCUGACGCCCUGUUGUGCUAUUUGUUGUUACUUUUUGCGGUUUUGUUUUUUUGGCGUGUGUAUAAGCGUGAAUGGAGAGUCAGGUCAACAGCUGCAGAGUGAUUGGUAUACACAAUCUACAUAUGCACGGUGACAUCAGAAGAUUAACGCAUAGAUUUCCGCUUGUUGAUGGCCUGUUCUUGCAGGCAUGAAUUCAACGUUUUGUUACACAUGAUGGAAAUGUUGUAGCUGUGUAAAGACAAUACUUUGUGAAAAGUGUAAAUAGAAUAAAUGUCAAAUCAAGCAGUUUUUUUUACUACUGUUCAGCUUUGUUUGGGAAUGUUUUAUUUAUUUUUCAUUUAAAGGUUUACGCUGUAAACUUCUUUAAAGAUACGCUUGGAUAUUCAGCUGUUGGAUUUAUGCCCCUUGAAAUGUUUUUUUCUCUCCUUGUUAGUAUAUCUUCAUUUACAGCCUGUUACUCGAAUGGGCUCCUGUGUUGAUUCUCAUCCCUGUGGAAAUAUGAUUGCUUGUAUAUAAGGUUACUUCCUUGAGAGUUUCCAGACACGGUGUAAGUGGGAAAGAGUGGCGACGGUCCUGCUUGUGCGAGUUCAAGGUUGUGUAUGCCAAUUGAUUGUUUUUGUUUGUUUUUUUUAAGGUAGGCGAUAGCUGUGACAGUUAACUGCUGCUAACGGGACUGCUCUUUCUCAGAGAGGGCAGGUUAAGGAUUAAAAAGCAUAUCCACACACAGGCGUUACUAUGUGUGCUGUACAUUUACCUGAUAUUUAUUACAAUUAUUUAUGGUUGCAUUAACUUAACUUUUACUCUGCUGUUUACCCUGUGUGCAUCUGUAUCUAACACAGUGAUGUUUGAAUGGAUUCUACAGAGGACAAAAAAAUCCAAGAUUUCGGUGUCACAUUAAUAAAUUGUCUUAAUGCAA